AUUGGGGAUUCACCAUUAAGGGUCAACGCUACACUAUUAAUCCUGGUCCAUACACCUACAAAGAACAGAUGUUUGCUACUAUCUGCAUUUCUGUUGGCGUAGGCAGUUCUUACGUUUCCUAUAACAUUAUAUCCCUUAAACUGGAUCAGUUUUACGGUUUCACGUGGGUCAGCUUUGGAUAUCAGGUUUUGUUGAUUUUGAGUACCCAAUUCAUGGGAUUUGGGUUUGCCGGUAUCAUGCGCAAAAUUAGUGUUUACCCUGUUCGUGCCAUGUGGCCAACCUUGUUGCCAACCUUGGCGUUGAACAGGGCUAUGUUGAAGGAUGAGAAGCUUCAAAUUAUCAAUGGCUGGAAGGUUUCCCGUUUUAACUUUUUCUAUAUUGUCUUUGGCGGGAUGUUCUUGUACUUCUGGUUUCCCGACUAUCUCUUUACAGCAUUAUCCGUCUUCAACUGGAUGACCUGGAUUGCUCCAAACAACUUCAACUUAGCUGCUAUCACGGGCUCUGUUUACGGCUUAGGUCUCAAUCCUAUCGCUACUUUUGAUUGGAAUUAUAUGACUCAGAUCAUUCAGCACCCUCUUGCCACUCCAUGGUAUACCAUUGCUAACAUAUAUAUUGGCUCUAUUAUCGCAUUUUUCUGCAUUAUUGGAGUCUACUGGUCCAAUCAUCUCUGGACUGGAUACCUCCCAAUUAAUUCCAAUGGGUUGUACACCAACACGGGGAAGCCAUUUAUGGUUACCGAGAUCUUAACAAACGGUGUCUUUGAUGAAGCCAAAUACCAAGCCUACUCGCCGCCUUACUAUUCAGCUGCCAACUUGGUUCUUUAUGGUGCAUACUUUGCCAUAUAUCCGUUUUCGGUUGUUUACACCUCCAUGAUUGAAUGGACGGGGAUGGCUGCUUCCUUUAGGCAGGUAUGGUAUUCACUUAAGGACUACAAAAGAUCCAACUUUGCUGGGUUCAACGACCCUCACUGCAGAAUGAUGUCCAAGUAUAAGGAGGUCCCAGACUGGUGGUUUCUUGCCGUUUUGGUUUUCUCUAUUGUGUUGAGUAUUCUCUGUGUUAAGUUGUACCCGGCCCAAACUCCAAUUUGGGGAAUCUUCUUCGCCCUUGCUAUUAACCUUGUUUUCUUGGUUCCAUUGGUGGUUAUCUACGCGGUCACUGGUUUCUCCUUUGGUUUGAACGUGCUCGUGGAAUUGAUUGUCGGGUAUGCCAUUCCGGGUAACGGUGUGGCGUUGAUGACCUUGAAGACCAUUGGUUACAAUAUUGAUGGUCAGGCUGAGAACUACAUCACGAAUCAAAAGACCGCACACUACUCCAAUAUUCCACCUAUGGCUCUCUUCAGGGGUCAGAUGUUGGCAACUUUCAUCCAAUGCUUUGUCACGUUGGGAGUUAUGAACUGGGUUCUUUCAAAUGUCGAUGGUCUUUGUACCUCUCACCAAGCCCAAAAGUUCUCUUGUCCUGCUGAAAGAACGUUCUUCUCCGCUUCAGUCCUUUGGGGUGUGAUCGGACCAAAGCGGGUCUUCAACGGGUUGUAUCCAAUCCUCAAGUGGUGUUUCUUAAUCGGAGCAUUGUUGCCAAUCCCAUGCUAUGCCUUCAAGCGGUACGGUCCAAAAUCUGUUACUAGGGCUUUCCAGCCAACCUUGAUCCUUGGCGGUUUCACGAUCUAUGCUCCUUACAACUUGACCUUUGUCACUCCGGCUUUAAUUGUUGGUUUCUUCUUCAUGUACCAUAUUAAGAGACGGUACAGUGACUGGUGGGAAAAAUACAACUAUGUGUUAUCUUCUGCUCUUAGUGCAGGUGUUGCGUUUUCCUCGAUCAUUAUCUUCUUUGCGGUGCAGUAUCAUGAGAAGGACGUUACCUGGUGGGGCAAUACUGUUUCUGGAGGAGGAAUCGAAGGUGGUGUCGGGCAACAAUCACGCCUUGACACCAGCAUUUUGCCAAAGGGUUAUUUUGGACCUGCUCCAGGCUCCUAUCCUUAGUUGCCACCGAGAAAGUAAGCCUUGACUUAAACUUAAGUUUCUCUUUUUUUACAAGUUUUGUGAGCAACUUGGGUGUGUGUGCUGAUCCUUUAUGAGGGCACAGUGAUUUUAU